AUGGACGGCUUCGAUCGACUCCCGGACUCACUGAUCCUCCAGAUCUUCGACUCGGUCUCCGACGUCAAGACGCUCAUCCGCUGCCGCGCCGUGUCGAAGCGGUUCAACUCGCUCGUUCCCCAAACUGACUCGCUCCUCUUAACCGUCGACCGAGUCAUCUCCUCCGAUUCGGACUCGGAUUCGGCGAACGACGACGUUUCACACCUCCUGGUUACCUUCCUGAAGUCCAUCCUGAAAUCGAUCCACGACCUCGUCUCGCCGAGGCCCGACCCGACCCGGGCCCGCUCCCAGAACUCGCCCGCCCAGAUCCUCCGGUCCUUCCACAACGUCCGAAACCUCUCGAUCGAGCUUCCCUCCGGGGAUCUCAGGCUCGAGAAGGGCACGGUGCUGAAAUGGCGAGCGGAUUUCGGGAAGACCUUGAGGAGCUGUGUGAUCCUCGGGUUCCGAUCGGUCGUCGCCGGCGGGGAAACGCCCGUGCCCGGAGAUGACGCGGACUUCGCCGGAGGUCUGAAGGUGCGGGUGGUGUGGACGAUCAGCGCCCUGAUCGCGGCAUCGGCGAGGCACUACUUGCUGAAGGAGGUGGUGAGGGAGCAGAGAGGGCUGGAAACGCUGGUUCUGAGAGACAGAGAGGGAGAAGGCGUGGUGGUGAUGGAGAAGGAAGGGUUGAGAGAGUGCGGGAGGGAGGACACGUGUGAUGCGGAGGAGGAGGAGGAGGAGGUGGAGGAGGAGGGAUGGGAUAGGGGAAGGAGCAGGGUGCCUAGCGUGAGGAUGCGGAUGAGGCACGUGCCGAGAAUGGAACUGAAGGGUGGGGUUUGGGUGGAGGGCGCGACACUUGUAGUGGUGAGGCCGAGUUUGAGUGGUGACGUGGAGGAUGGUGAUUUGGCGAUGGGGGCAUUUGGCGGGGAUGUGCUUUACGGGGAAGUUGUAGAGGCUUUGCUCAAGGCCAAGAGUUAUUUACUGGAAAUGAACUCAUUCUAA